AUGAAUCUCCUCAAUAACUUGGACUUUUCUCACCGAUGCAAAAUUCCAUUCUUCUAUAAAUCCACCAUUGAUUCUUGCCUUUUCUCAUCAUCUUUCAAGCAUAAAAACAUUCUCAUUAAUUCCUUCGUGAAUAUGAAAAACUAUUAUCAUCUGCUUACACUUAGGAGAUCCAAAGGUCUCUUCAGCUCCAAUAGCAGAUGGGUUCAUCAAACUAGUACUGCCAUUCAACGGCAACACGGCCACCGCCACCCUCCACCACCACCACCACUGCCACCUCCGUCUUUUCAAACAACUCGUUCAAAUCUCACCAGUAACCAUUAUUAUCAUUCUCAAAGCUCCACCCUCCACACGUCACAACUUCAACUUCCCUACCAUGAAGAUGACUCAUCUCCACUUCACUACCAUGUAACGGUGAAGGGUAGAGACGUGAUUUCAUCAGCUAAGAGCAACCAACGCUACUGGCUCCCUUUGUCCAACUUAGACCUGCUCCUACCGCCGGUUGAAGCCGGAGUUUUCUUUUGUUACCGGAAAAAGGAUCGGGAUAUGUCAUCGGAGAGUGUGGUGAACAGCAUAAAGAGAUCGUUGGCGGGGAUACUAUCGUCGUUUUACCCGCUGGCCGGAGAGAUUGUGGCGAACAAGCAAGGGGAGGCGGAGGUGGUGUGCAACAAUGGUGGGGUGGAAUUUGUACAUGCGCAUGCUGACAUCGAGCUGAAAGACUUGGAUUUGCAUCACCCUGAUGAUUCCGUGAAGGGGAAGCUGGUGCCCAACAUAAAUAGAGGAGUGUUGUCAGUUCAGGUGACAGAGUUCAACUGUGGAGCAAUAAUCAUUUCAUGUGCCAUUGAUCACAGAGUAGCCGAUGCGUAUUCACUCAACAUGUUCUUAGUUGCAUGGGCUAAAUAUGCCAAAUCGGGAACCAUGUCCGACGUAGACAUCCCAUCUUUCCGACCAUCCAUCUUCAAUUCACGACGUCCGCCCACCUACGCAAAAUCCCUCGAUAAUCUUUACAUCCCAAUAUCGUCGAUUCCACCGCCAUCUUCCUUCGAUCAGGGGCCGCUUCAUAGUCGUAUGUACUAUAUCCAUGCUCAAUCCAUCGAUCACCUUCAAUCUGAAGCAAGCUCACAAGAAUCCAAAAGAAGCAAACUCCUAUCUUUCACCGCAUUUUUAUGGAAAUUGUUAGCUCAUGGAGGUGAUGAUGCUGUGAAUACAACUUCCAGAAUGGGGGUUGUCGUUGAUGGACGACGGUUUCUAGCUGACGAACAACCAUCUUCUCCAGAAAAAAACCACUUUGGAAACGUGCUUUCCGUUCCAUUUGGUGUGGCAACUCAUAGCGAUCUAAAGGCAAUGCCACUUAACGAAAUCGCAGAUAGGGUUCAUAGGUUUGUGGCCGAAGCAACGAAUGAAGAGCAUUUCAGGGGUUUGAUCGAUUGGGUGGAAUUACACCGGCCAAAGCCAGCAGUGGCCCGGAUAUAUUUCGGGGUAGAAAAGUCCGAGGGCGAAGCUGUGGUGGUGUCAUCUGGACGCGAUUUACCGAUUAAUGAUAUGGAUUUUGGAUGGGGAAGGCCGGAGUUCGGGUCGCUUCAUUUCCCGUGGGGUAGUCGAACCGGAUACAUAAGUACGAUGCCGAGUGGCAAGAGAAUCGGAGAUUGGGUUGUUUACGUGCAUCUUAAACAAAAGGAUCUGGAUUUGAUCGAGAGAAUGGCUCCCAAUGUUUUUAAACCCUUAACACAUUCUUUAGCUUUUGAUUAACUUACGUUUCCGAAACCAUCGGUUCAUGAUCACCAAGGAAUCAAGUUUGCAGGAU